ACGCAGUGACGGAGCUUCUCGAGCGACACAGGUCUUGUUUUCGUAGGUUAGCUAGCACGCUAACUAAAUAGGAGACCGAGGAGAUACACUAAAAAAAGUUCCCUUUCCAUUAAUUCUAGCUUCAUUUUUGUUGACUUGUUUUUAUUUUGCAGGGCAGCUGGCAGUAGCGCAUAACUAGCUAGUAUAUUGCUAACACUAAGAUAGUGUGGCUAGACCGUUUGUAUUAUGGAGGACUACAACAGGCCGUCAUCUUAUCUCGAUGACCCCCCAAACAGCCGCUUGUUUCUCGUUACCAGUAAAUCCAUCACCGAGGACAUAAUCCGGGAGCAUUUUUCACCCUUCGGUGAAGUUCAAGAUAUUUGGGUAGUAAAAGACAAACAGACGAAAGAAUCGAAAGGGGUGUCGUUCGUGAAAUUUGCCAAGUCCUCCCAAGCGUGCACAGCCAUGGAAGACAUGCACGGCAGAUGUCUGGCGGAAGGGACCAAACCCAUCAAGGUGUUCAUCGCCCAGUCUAGAUCGUCUGGUAGCCACAGAGACGUGGAGGAUGAGGAGUUGACCAGAAUCUUUGUAAUGAUCCCAAAGACCUUCACUGAGGAUGACCUGAAAGAGACGUUCAAGACCUAUGGAGAUAUAGAGUAUGCAAUCAUCAUAAAGAAUAAAAGCACUGGAGAGAGUAAGGGUUUGGGCUAUGUGAGAUAUCACAAACCCUCCCAGGCUGCCACUGCCAUAGAGAACUGUGACAAAACAUUCAGAGCCAUUCUGGCUGAACCAAGGACAAAGAAUUCUUCAGCAGACAACGACUAUUUUGGCAACUCCAGAUCAGACCAUGUCACGAAUGAGCCGGGCUUAAGUGCCUACCCUUUUGGUGCCGAGGCCACCAGCUACACGGCCAGCGACGGCUGGAACUCAGACUUGAUCACCAGGUGCCUGAUGGUGGCGUCACGAGCAGCUGUCACUCAGGAGCAGGUGUAUGGCCUGUUUGACCUGAUCCCUGGGAUGGUCUACUGUGAGAUGCAGAGAGACCAGUACGGGUUUAGCAAAGGACAGGCAGUGAUUCGGUACAAUAACCUGGGUUCAGCCGUCUAUGCUAAAGAGAAGCUGAAUGGCUUUGAGUAUCCACCUGGAAACAGACUGUCCGUCACUUAUAUUGACGACGGAGAGGACCGCACCAGCCCUGUGGGGAAGAUGGCCAUGCAGCUGGUUGCAGCCCAGAUGAUGUCCAUGGUCUGGAAUGGCCCCUCUGGACCUCAGCUCAUGAAGACCACCGCAGGCUACGCGGCGCCCACGGUGCCCCAGAAACUACGUGUGCAGACGGACGUUCCCCUUCCCGCUCAUAAGAAGCUGGCUCCUCCUGACAGCGCGGUCAAAGAAAGGCUGUUUGUCAUCUUCAACCCCUCACCGCUGCCAGUGGAUGUGCUGGAGGAUGUGUUCUGCCGCUUUGGUUCUCUGGUGGAGGUGUACCUUGUGCCAGGCCGGAACGUCGGCUACAUUAAAUAUGCUGACCGGAAGCACGCGAACGACGCCAUGGCUGCGCUACACGGGAAGGUGGUGAACGGGGUGAAGAUGAAGGUGAUGCUGGCAGACCCGCCAAAAGAGGAGUCCCACAAACGCCAGAGAACCUACUGACCCUUGGCCUCCGGAUCAGCAAAGCCGCGUCAUCACAGAGUUGUAAGUGACAUGACGCAUGACCUCGACAUGACCUGACGGAUUUUUACGAUGACACGACCUCAUAACUACGGACAGUGACUACCAUGUGUGUAAGAGGUGUUAGGACAGUGCUUAACCUGACAGACCACACGUACAGUCACCGACUAUUCACUGCUGGUCCCAUAUUUGGGUCUCAUGUAAAUGGUCUUACUAUUAAUAAAAACAUGGACACAAACUUGAA